CCCACACUGGUGAUUGCCAACAAAUGAAUGACUGCGCUAUCAUUCUGCCAAAUGAAGAGGACAAGUGGCUAAGUUUCACCAACUACAACAGGAAGGAGAGAAUACCGUUCGUCGUCUACGACGAUCUGGAAUGUAUCCUGCAGAAGACGGAGGAGGACGACCCGAAGCUGUACCAGCGUCACCAGGUAUCCAGCAUCGGGUAUUACGUGCGAUGCAAUUACGAUGCGUCGUUAUCCGGAUACCGAUCCCGUCGCGAUACAGACUGCAUAGCGUGGUUCGUUGAACAAUUAAAAGAUUUAGCGCAUCGCGUGAAAUCAAUUCUAUCGAGAAAUGUCCCCAUGGUAGAAUUAACACAAGAUGAGUGUGAAAAAUUUAAUAGCGCAACACAUUGCCAUAUCUGUGAGAAACCGUUCGCAUCAGACGACACGCGAGUACGCGAUCAUUCCCAUCUCACCGGUCUGUACAGACGUCCCGCGCACGCGAAUUGCAAUUUAAAUUAUAAAGAUUCCUAUACCAUUCCGAUAGUGUUUCAUAAUUUCUCAGGCUACGACUCACAUUUUAUCAUUAAAGAAAUAGCCACCGCGUUCGAGGGCAAUGUUGAUGUAUUACCAAUAAACAAAGAAAAAUAUAUUUCCUUUACAAAACAUGUUAAUGAGUCAGAUGAUGACAAGAAAUACCGAAACCAUGUGCAAUUGCGGUUUAUCGAUUCGUUAAGAUUUCUGAAUAGUAGCCUGGAUAAAUUGUCAUCAUUUUUGAAUAAAGAUAAACUCAGAAUCGUACGAUCCGAAUUUGCGCACCUCUCUACCGAUGACUUUGAUUUACUUACACGAAAGGGCGUGUUCCCGUACGAGUACGUGGAUUGCGUCGAAAAGUUGGAGGAUACUCGCCUACCGCCGCGCGAAUCGUUUUACAGUUCGCUAACAGGUAAUACGGUAUCCGAGAGCGAUUACGCGCACGCUGUUAGCGUAUGGCAACGGUUCAUCAUUCGAACGCUCGGUGAGUACAGUGAUUUAUACCUAAAAACGGAUGUCUUGUUGUUGGCAGACGUAUUCGAAAAUUUCCGCGAUAGUUGCAUCAACAGUUACGAUCUUGAUCCCACGUAUUAUUACACUUUGCCCGGUUUUACAUGGGACGCGAUGCUCAAACAUACGCGUAUAAAUUUUGAACUCAUUACCGAUAUCGAUAUGGUCAUGUUCGUAGAACGCGGUAUACGCGGUGGUCUGAGCCAAUAUUCGCACAGGUACGCGCAGGCUAACAAUAAGUACGUGCAGUCGUACGAUCCAUCGAAUCCUUCGUCGUAUCUCAUGUAUUUUGAUGUUAAUAAUUUAUACGGAUGGGCGAUGUGUCAACCACUGCCCUAUGCGAACUUUCGUUGGGUCGACGACGUUUCCAAUUUCAACGUGAACGCUGUCACUCCCGAUUUAUCAAAAGGAUACAUACUCGAAGUCGAUCUCGAGUAUCCGCGGCAUCUCCAUGACGCACACGCCGACCUAACGUUCUGUCCGAUGCGUGAUAAGCCGCCGGGCAGUCGGCAGGAUAAGUUGCUCGCAACGUUACACGAUAAGAAGUGGUACGUCAUCCAUUACCGCAACUUGCAACAGUGUACGCGCCACGGUCUUCGCGUCACAAAAAUUCAUCGCGUAUUAGAAUUUGCACAAUCUCCAUGGCUCCGCGAGUACAUCGAGUUGAAUACGCGAUUUAGGGCAGCAGCUAAAAACGAUUUCGAAAAAAAUUUGUACAAAUUAAUGAAUAACGCGGUAUUUGGAAAAACCAUGGAGAACGUGCGCAAUCACGUAGACGUUAAGCUGUUAACGAAAUGGAACGGAAGGUAUGGUGCUGAAGCAAUGAUCGCUAAACCGAAUUUCCAUAGUCGCAGCGUCUUUUCGGAAAACCUGGUCGCGAUCGAAAUGCAUAAGCUCGAGGUGAAAUUCAACAAACCGAUAUACGUGGGUAUGUGCAUCCUCGACAUAUCCAAGGUCUGUUUGUAUGAGUUUCACCACGAGUACAUGUUACCUCUUUAUCAUGAUAAAUUCAAAGUUGUGUAUACUGACACCGAUAGUUUAAUUUACCAUAUCGAGUGCGAGGACGUGUACGAUCAAAUGAAACGCGACAUUCCGAGAUUCGAUACAAGCGAUUACGCGCCCGACAACAUUUAUAGUAUUCCGCUCAUGAACAAAAAAGUGCCAGGUUUAAUGAAAGACGAGAACAAUGGUACGAUAAUGACCGAAUUCGUUGGACUUAGAGCGAAAAUGUAUGCUUUGAAGGUAGACGGUAAAAAAGAUACGAAGAAAGCGAAAAGUGUUAAGACUAAUGUAGUCGCACGAACAAUAACGUUUGACGAUUACAUGCAAUGUUUGAAAGAUCGCAUAGAAAUGACUCGAGAUCAAUCCCGUAUACAGUCAAAGCUGCAUAACGUGUACACCGUUCGCGAGACGGAAAUCGCUCUGAGUCCGUAUGACGAUAAACGAUACAUCGUACCCGAGUCUACAAACACCUUACCGUGGGGAUAUUACCGCGUACCGGUAUAA